CUCCACGAGAUAAAGCCCGCGAGCAACUUCCUCUCAAGGGGCCUCAGUUUGCUGGAACCCAGCAGCUAUAGAAGGUCCGACAUUGGCGACCAGAAGCCUGUGUUCAAACGUCCUGCAGCCACAAACUAUCAGACCUGGAUCACCAAACUAUCGCCUUACAGAAAUCUGAAUGUCCUCUGGCCCUCCAGCCACGUUCGCCUGCUCUUUAUUAGGAUGAUCUAGAUCCCGCGUGGCUAAAGGUAAGGCUAGCAGCCGUACCUUGCCAUACCCAACUGACGCCCGCGCAUCUCCGUCGUGCGCUAUGGGGAGUGGGUUGGAGUGGGGGAGGCUCCGGGGAGGCGCCGUGCGUCGUGCGCUGCAAGGCUUGGCCACGGAUCUGCGCGCGGCGCUCGGUUCCCGUCAGACUGAUCAGAUGCUCAGCGCGCGGCUCAACCCCGACGGCUGACUGAACGCACGAGAGCCAGAGAAAGAGGCGCUCUGCUCGUCGGGUUUUCUUCGUUUACAAGGCUGAUCUCUACGGGAAUACAGCCUCCGGACCGACUGCGCGUUGGCUCACGUCCCCCUUGGGGGUCGAGGGAGGAAAGAAAAAAAAACAGAGAGAGGGGGGGUAGAAAGAGAGAGAGAGAGAGAGCUAGAGAGAGAGAAGAGACGCUGGACUUGCUGGGGCUCUGCGGGGUUGACCGCCUCUCUCUGGUUCGGGGAGCCUCGGGGGCGAUGCUGCUGGGCGGGGAUGAUACACGGUUUCUGCCCGGUGGCGGAGGAGAAGAUGCGAGCCGCUGCUACAACACACCCGCACCGCCGCCGUCUUAUUUCCCGACCAAGAAUUGAUGAUGGUGAUGAUACUGCCUCCCCCAGUGAUCUGCUUCUGCUCCUCCGGAUCCUACUCGUGCGGGAUUCUUGUUCUCCAGACCUUGGAUUAUAGAUGAUUGUUGUGGACAUUAUUUUUUCUUUUCAUUUCAUCAAUUUCUUUCUUUUUUUUGUUUUUUCGUCGGAGGGAAGUGGCGGGGGGAAAAGAUAUAAAUUGAUAGAUUGAGGACCGGUGUAUUUUCGUCUCCAAGUGCGCGCAAUCACGCCCAAAAUCAGUGACCGACGCCUUGGUGAGGAGGAGGGGGAGGAGGAGGAGGAGGGGGGGGGAUGCCGCACCGUCCAUCACCAAAUAUCAACAAAUGUCACCAGGCUCGGAUUUCGGGGAAGCCCCCCUCGGUUGGCGUUUGCGUGUAACCCGAGUGGCGUGGUGGCAGUGAGAGGUGGCGGCAGCAGCAGCAGCGGGGAUAUCUGCCGUGCCACAUCAAACAUUGCGGAUAUAUGGCACAAGAAGAAAUGAAUUAUUAAAGAUUCCACUCUUAUCUAUUUCUAUUUUUAUCGCGCAGAAAAAAGGGGACCUGGGGAAGGGGAAAAAAAAGAAAAGACAACUGCAGAUCCUGUCAAGAUGCACUAGGCUGUUGUGAGGGGGGGAAAAGACGCAGUCUCCAGCUAGGGUAGCCUACUUAGUGGAGAUGAUUGCAAUAUUUAUUUAAACACACAGCUAUGCAUCCUCAUCGCAUGCAUUUAAGGUGAUCGAUUUGUUUGCCUAUUGAAAUGCAAGAAGCGGCUCACUCCUGGAGAGGUUUUUCCCCGAGCAAAAUCAAAUGAAAACAGGAUGCCUUCCUUUUCGGCGGAGAGAAACCCGCGGAAGCUGCUCUGACUAAAUCCAACAUUUUUGACAGUUUUCUCACCCGCCAUAAAAAAAAACAAAAAACAACAACAACAACAAAAAAACAAUCGUGUUUUUUUUUCUCCUGCCAGAGAAUUGAUUUGCCAGAAAUUACAUAAACACAUCAGCUCUGUUUCCCAUUCAUAUUCCAAACACACGAUCAGAGACACCGUGCGCUUUCCCUCUCCUCUCCUCUCCCUCCCUCCCUUCUCCUCUCCUCCUCCCCUCCCUCCCUUCCUCCCCUCCCUCCCUCUCUCUCCACACUCAAAUGGAGGUAUCUUCUCGGCGCUGAAGAUCUGGGAAAGAGACACAGAUAGAUAGGAGGAGAGAGCGGCCAGAGAAACAUCCAAACCCAACUCCAUUCUGCAUGUGUGUUUGGAGCCGAGGCUGAUGGGGUGGUGGCAUGUGGAGGUGUCACUCUGAGGUUCCCCCCCGGCUCCUUCCUAACCUCUGGCGUUUGGUGCUUGCAGAAUGGCGCGUUUUGGAGACGAGCUACCCAACAGGUAUGGAGGAGGAGGAGGAGGUGGUGGUGGCGGUGGUGGCGGGGGUGCCGGCGGACAAGGGGGGCCCGGCCGCGGCGGCAGCAGGCAAGGGGGGCCCCCCGGAGCGCAGCGGAUGUACAAGCAGUCGAUGGCCCAGAGAGCCCGGACCAUGGCCCUGUACAACCCCAUACCCGUCCGGCAGAGCUGCCUAACGGUCAACCGCUCCCUCUUCCUCUUCAGCGAAGACAACGUGGUGAGGAAGUACGCCAAAAAGAUCACCGAAUGGCCUCCAUUUGAAUGGAUGAUCCUCACCACCAUCAUCGCAAACUGCAUCGUCCUGGCUCUGGAACAGCACCUUCCUGACGGAGACAAGACGCCUCUGUCCGAACGACUGGAGGAGACAGAGCCCUACUUCAUAGCCAUCUUCUGUUUCGAGUCGGGGAUAAAGAUCCUGGCUCUAGGUUUUGCGUUACAUAAGGGCUCCUACCUGAGGAACGGCUGGAACGUCAUGGACUUCGUGGUCGUGCUCACCGGUAUUUUGUCGUCCGUGGGCUCUCAGCUUGACCUGAGGACGCUACGAGCCGUCAGAGUGCUGCGACCACUGAAGCUGGUGUCUGGGAUUCCCAGCCUGCAGGUGGUGCUCAAGUCCAUUAUGAAGGCCAUGAUCCCCCUGCUGCAGAUCGGCCUGCUGCUGUUCGUAGCCAUCCUCAUGUUCGCCAUCAUCGGCCUGGAGUUCUACAUGGGCAAGUUCCACACCACCUGCUACGAUGAAUUCACAGGAGAGCUAGUGGAUGAAUUGCCAUGUGGGACAGAGCUGCCGUCCCGGUUGUGUCCUAACGGCACGUUAUGUAAAGGUGGCUGGCUUGGACCCAACUACGGCAUCACCCAGUUCGACAACAUCCUGUUCGCCGUGCUCACCGUCUUCCAGUGCAUCACCAUGGAGGGAUGGACCGACAUGCUCUACUACAGUAAUGACGUGGAGGGCAGCGCCUGGAACUGGAUGUACUACAUCCCCCUCAUAAUCAUCGGCUCGUUCUUCAUGCUCAACCUGGUGCUGGGUGUACUCUCAGGUGAAUUUGCCAAAGAGAGAGAGCGAGUGGAGAACAGGAGCGAGUUCCUCAAGCUGAGGCGACAGCAGCAGAUUGAGCGAGAGCUCAACGGAUACCUGGAGUGGAUCUGCAAAGCAGAGGAGGUGAUUCUGGCUGAGGAGGAUGGCACAGUGAACUUUGAUGGUUCGAGGCGAAGGCCAACCAUCAAAACCAAAAACAACAAGACGGAGCUGCUGAACCCUGAGGAAGGAGAGGACAACAUGGGAGAUGCAGUAGGUUUUGCCCGCUCCAGUAUAAAGAGCGGUAAAGAUGGCUCCAACUACAGUAAAAAGGAGCGACGGAUGCGAUUCUUCAUCCGCAAGAUAGUGAAGACGCAGGCUUUCUAUUGGACGGUGCUCUGCCUGGUGGGCCUCAACACCAUGUGUGUGGCUGCGGUGCACUACAACCAGCCUGAGCUCCUCUCCGACUUCCUCUUCUAUGCAGAGUUUAUCUUCCUCGGUUUGUUCAUGUCUGAGAUGCUGAUCAAGAUGUAUGGUCUGGGCAUCCAGCCCUACUUCCACUCCUCAUUCAACUGCUUCGACUGUGUGGUAAUUGUGGGCAGUAUCUUCGAGGUGGUGUGGGCCACCAUCAAACCAGGCACGUCCUUUGGGAUCAGCGUGUUACGAGCUCUGCGACUGCUCCGCAUCUUCAAAGUCACCAAAUACUGGGCUCCUCUUCGAAACCUGGUGGUUUCCCUGCUGAACUCCAUGAAGUCCAUCGUCAGUUUGCUCUUCCUCCUCUUCCUCUUCAUCGUGGUCUUUGCCUUGUUGGGGAUGCAGCUGUUCGGAGGACAAUUCAACUUUGAAUCCGGGACUCCGCCCACUAACUUUGACACGUUUGCUGCGGCCAUCAUGACAGUGUUUCAGAUCCUGACGGGAGAGGACUGGAACAUGGUGAUGUACGACGGCAUCGAGUCCCAGGGAGGAGUGAACGACAAAGGGAUGGUUUUCUCCAUCUUCUUCAUUGUCCUCACACUCUUCGGCAACUACACUCUGCUUAACGUCUUCUUGGCCAUCGCUGUUGACAAUCUGGCCAACGCCCAGGAGCUCACCAAGGAUGAGGAGGAACAAGAGGAGGCAGCCAAUCAGAAGACAGCGAUGCAGAAGGCUAAGGAGGUGGCGGAAGUCAGCCCGCUGUCUGCAGCCAACCUGUCUAUUGCUGCUAAGGAGCAGCAGAAGAACCACAUCAAGGGGAACAAGUCGGUGUGGGAGCAGAGAACGAGCGAGAUCCGCAGACAGAACCUGAUGACGAGCCGCGAGGCGCUCUACAAUGAGCUAGAGCAGGACGACUGGAAGGUGGGAGGGGAGGGAGAGGAGGUGUCCUACCCACGGAAAGGACGUGGUGACAUGAAGACCCACUUGGACCGGCCGCUGGUUGUCAACCCACAGGACAACCGCAACAACAACACCAACAAGACCCAACCCGGUGAGCUGCCUCUGGACCAGGAGUACCGCCACCAGGACAUCGACCACUACCGCCGAGCCGCCCACUACUACCACCACCACCGCCACCACCAUCAGAAAGCCAUCGGGCCGGACAGCGGGGACGCGGGACAGCCAGCCGAGACCCGGGUGCAGCGCGGAUUCAGCUGCACGUCUCUGGGAAACGUGGAGGGCGGCGUGGAGGCCCAGCAGGGGGAGGAGAGGCACAGCCACAGGAGCCACCGGGGCCACCGACACAGGAACAGGGAAGGCAAGGAGGCCCGCAGCGCGUCCCCCCACCGGAGUGAAGCGGGAGAGGGGAACAAUGAGCACAGGAGGUCCAGGCAGCACCGCAGGGCAGCCAGGGAGGGGGAGGAGGGCAGGAGACACAGAUCCAGGGGGACGGAGGGAGAGGGCGAGAAAGGCGAGGAAGGGGAGGGACGGAAGACAAGACGGCAUCGCCACGGCAACCAGGAGAGGAGCAGAGGGCAUCGCACCAGAAAGGAGCACCACAGCACCGGCCCCAGCCUCUCCACCACGCGACCCAUACAGCAGUACAACGAGGACCUGGACAACUUCCGCAACAACAGCAAGCUGGCCAGCGCCCACGAGCACCCUUACGCCCUCCCGCCAGAUCAUCCCGACCACCCGGACCACGUCAACAACCUGCUGAACUGCCGCGACGCCGACACCCACACCCUGCUCCACAGCAUGGACAGCCUGAUCCUGACCAGCAUGGCCAAACCCGAUUACACAACCAUAGACAUGCCCCCUGUCUACCCCUACCCCUCCACCAACGCCAUUCUGCAAGUGAACAAGAACGCCAACACCGACCAGAAGAAGAGCGAGGAGAAGAAGGAGGAGGAGGACGAGGGGGGAGAUGAAGACGGCCCCAAACCCAUGCCUCCAUACAGCUCCUGUUUCAUAAUGUCCACCACCAACCCGUUUCGGAAGUGCUGUCACUACAUCCUGACUCUGAAGUAUUUUGAGUUCAGCAUCCUGUCUGUCAUCGCCAUGAGCAGCAUCGCCCUCGCUGCAGAGGACCCUGUCUGGCCUGACUCGCCACGAAACAACGUGCUGCGCUAUUUUGACUACGUUUUCACAGGCGUCUUCACGUUUGAAAUGUUGAUCAAGAUGGUGGUGCUGGGCUUGUUUCUCCACCAGGGCUCCUACUUCCGCGACUUGUGGAACAUUCUGGACUUUAUAGUGGUUAGUGGUGCUCUGGUGGCCUUCGCCUUCACGGGGAGCAGCAAGGGAAAAGACAUCAGUACAAUCAAGUCCCUUCGAGUGCUGAGGGUGCUGCGUCCUCUAAAGACCAUCAAACGUCUCCCCAAGCUGAAGGCUGUGUUUGACUGUGUGGUCAACUCUCUGAAGAAUGUGCUGAACAUCUUAAUCGUCUACAUGCUCUUCAUGUUCAUCUUCGCUGUUGUGGCCGUGCAGCUGUUCAAGGGUCGUUUCUUCUACUGCACGGACGAAUCCAAAGAGUUUGAGCGCGACUGCAGGGGCGAGUAUUUAGUUUAUGAUAGGGAUGAGGUAAAAGCUCAGAAGCGGGAGUGGAAGAAGUACGAUUUCCACUACGACAAUGUGGCUUGGGCCCUGCUCACCCUCUUCACUGUCUCGACUGGAGAGGGGUGGCCGCAGGUGUUAAAGCACUCAGUGGACUCCACCUAUGAGAAUCAGGGCCCUAGCCCGGGUUACAGGAUGGAAAUGUCCAUCUUUUACGUCGUGUACUUCGUUGUCUUCCCCUUCUUCUUCGUAAACAUCUUUGUAGCUCUCAUCAUCAUCACCUUCCAGGAACAGGGGGAUAAGAUGAUGGAAGAUUAUAGCUUAGAAAAGAAUGAGAGAGCCUGUAUAGAUUUCGCCAUCAACGCCAGGCCUCUGACUCGCCACAUGCCGAAGAAUAAACUGAGCUUCCAGUAUCGCAUGUGGCAGUUUGUGGUGUCUCCGCCCUUCGAGUACAGCAUCAUGGCUCUGAUCGCGCUCAACACCAUCGUCCUCAUGAUGAAGUUCGACGGCGCGUCGUUAACCUACGACAACGUCCUGAAGAACCUCAACAUCGUGUUUACCACCUUCUUCUUCCUGGAAUCAGUCCUCAAGAUCAUCGCUUUCGGCCCUCUGAAUUACUUCAGAGACGCCUGGAACAUUUUUGACUUUGUCUCCGUCCUUGGAAGCAUCACAGACAUAUUAGUGACAGAAUUAGGGAACAACUUCAUCAACCUGAGCUUCCUGAGGCUGUUCAGGGCAGCUCGCCUCAUCAAGCUGCUGAGACAAGGAGAGACCAUCCGCAUCCUGCUGUGGACCUUCGUCCAGUCCUUCAAGGCGCUGCCUUACGUGUGUCUGCUCAUUGCCAUGCUCUUCUUCAUCUAUGCCAUUAUCGGCAUGCAGUUGUUUGGUAACCUGGCGUUAGACGAGGAGGGAGAAAGUGCCAUCAACGAGCACAACAACUUCAGAACCUUCAUCAUGGCUCUAAUGCUGCUGUUCAGGAGCGCUACUGGAGAGGCGUGGCAAGAGAUCAUGUUGGCGUGCCUGGGUGGUAAAGAAUGCGACAAGGACUCAGGGAACACAGAGCCCGAGUGUGGCAGCACCUUCGCCUACACCUACUUUGUGUCUUUCAUCUUCCUCUGCUCUUUCCUGAUGCUGAAUCUGUUUGUGGCUGUCAUCAUGGACAACUUUGAGUACCUGACCAGAGACUCUUCCAUCCUGGGGCCGCAUCACCUGGACGAGUAUGUAAGGAUAUGGGCGGAGUACGACCCUGCUGCCUGCGGCCGGAUCAGUUACACAGACAUGUAUCAGAUGCUAAGACACAUGUGUCCGCCGCUAGGCCUUGGGAAGAGGUGUCCCGCCCGGGUCGCCUAUAAGAGGCUGCUGCGUAUGGAUCUGCCGGUUGCAGAUGACAACACGGUGCAUUUUAACUCCACCCUCAUGGCUCUGAUCAGGACAGCACUGGAUAUAAAGAUUGCCAAGGGUGGUGCAGACAAGCACCAGAUGGAUGCAGAGCUGAGAAAGGAGAUGAUGGCAAUUUGGCCGAACUUGUCGCAGAAGACUCUGGACCUGCUGGUUACUCCGCACAAGUCAGCCACAGACUUGACGGUGGGCAAAAUCUACGCCGCCAUGAUGAUCAUGGAGUACUACCGGCAGAGCAAGACGAAAAAGCUGCAGGCCCUGCGAGAGGAACAGAACCGAACGCCAUUAAUGUUUCAGCGCAUGGAGCCGCCCUCUGAGGGAGGGGGCACGGACGGCCAGGGGGGGCAGGGCGUGAACGGCCUCCCCAGCACCCAGCCGGACAACAUCAACAGCAUACCUCCCGAGGGUGGCAUGACUGAGAGCCAGUCGUGGGUGACGGCCAAAGCCCAGGAAAUGUUCCAAAAGACGAGUAACUGGAGCCCCGACAGACCCUACCCCGACGAUCUCCACGACAACCGGCACAACCCCCAGACGGUAGAGAUGAGGGAGAUGGGGCGGGACGGGUACUCCGACACUGAGCCCUAUCACCCAAUGGAUGGGCAUGGGCGGACCCUCUCCAUGCCCCGCCUCUCGGCAGACAACCAACGGAGGAGACACAGGCCCCGCGGAAAUAACCUCAGUACCAUCACCGACACCAGUCCGAUGCGUCGCUCCACCUCCAGCCUGGUCCACGGGCGCACGGGCCGGGGCGUGAGGCUGGACGACUACUCCCUGGAGAGGGUGGUGUCCGAGGAGGGGAGGCACGGAGGAGGACGCAGGCACAGGGACAGGAGUCAUCGCACCUCGCAGCGCUCCCUGACCAGAUACACCGAUGCAGACACGGGGCUGGGCACAGACCUCAGCACCACCACACAGUCAGGUGACCUUCCGCCCAAGGAGCGCGAACGGGACCGCGGACGGACCAAGGACCGCCGCCACCAUCACCACCACCACCAUCACCACAGCUCCAUGGACAAGGAACGCUACGGCCCCGACCGUCACGACUACCCUCACAGGCACCCCCACGACCGCCACUGGUCCCGGUCACCCAGCGAGGGGCCUGACGGACGAGGUCACAGACAGGGCAGUAGUUCGGUGAGCGGCAGCCCGGUCCCCUCCACCUCGGGGACCAGCACUCCACGGAGAGGUCGUCGCCAGCUGCCCCAGACCCCUGCUGUCCCCCGUCCACAUGUCACCUACUCCCCCGCCGUUCGCAAGCCCAGCUACGGCCCCCCGGGGCCGGGCCGUCUGCGCUCGCCCUCCCCCCGACACUUCUCCCCACCAGAUCACGACAGAGGCUACCACCACCGGCCCCCGUCACGCCAUGCCUCUCCCCACCACGGGGGCUCCUCAUCCCGGCACGGUUCGCCACGCUCCCCUAGGCACCAGUCCCCACGCUCGCCCCUCCACGGCUCACCUAGGUCCCCUCACCGAGGCCGCUGGAGCGGGCCUCCGCCUGGUGACAGCCUGGAGGGCGACGGGCCCUUCUACGAGCAUGAUUACGAGUACGAGCGGCACCACGAGCCGCCUGCCUACGAGCAAAGCCUCUCCCAUGGCAACCCACACCCACAUGGGGGAAACCCUCACCCACACCCACGCUCACCUAGGACUGCCCGCCAUGGGCCCCCUCCGCCCCCUCACCCGCAUCCACGUAGGGUACCCAAUGGCUACCGCUCAUCCUCACCUUCCCCGCAUCGACGGGGACCACCGGGGGCACCCCCCCACCCGCACCACCGUCCCCCCCAUGCCAGAGGGCCCCGCAAGGGCCUGCAUGAACCUUAUAGUGAGACGGACGAAGAUGACUGGUGCUAGCAACCAUGAGGAGCGAGGGAUAAGGGCAGGAGAGGAGAAGAAGAACAGCAGCCUCCAGUGCUCUGGCCUUGGAUAUGUAGACUUUUAAUAAAGCAGUGGUGGCGGAAAUGAUGGGGGGGUCGGACGCCCUCUAAACCCUCUACCUUCACCCUUCGGACUCUAAAUGAGAGGAAGGGGCAGAGGGGAGGGGGUGAUGGUGCUGCAAUAGCCUUUUACACAUUUUGUGUAAGACUCAAAUCAGUGACAGAGCAGCACAUGGAUAAAAUGAAAAAGAGACAGCUAAGAUAAGGAAGGCACGCCCCGGGCACAGUUUACCUCUGCCUCUCUCUCAGUCUCAGAACUACACUUCCCAGAAUUCUCUGCUUGAUCAGGAAGGCCAGGCUGCAGGAGGAAGAGAGAGGUGUGGGAACAGGAAAACAAGGAAGGAGCAUGUUGCUGUAAAAAAAAAAAAAAAAAUGGCCAUGAUCACUGCAGUUUACGAGGCCUAAAUGCACUUCUCCCAGACUGACGCGUGAUUGGUUAGUUUCAUCAGAUGUGCGCCGGCCACUUUGCUAAUGUAAUAGCCUGAAAAUGAGUUGGAAACGCAGAGCCCACCGCUUUGACUCUGCUCCUCGACAGAUAUGUUUAAAGAAAAAUAAAUAAACAAAAAGCCAGGACCCCCUAACCCUUACAUGCCAAGCUAUGCCUCCAGAAAAUCAAACUUGAACAAUGAAGAACAAAAUGAAACUUUAAAU